AGUGCUUGGGCUUGGGCCUGGGCCUGUGCUUGGGCUUGGGCUUGGGCUUGUGACAGCCUGUCGCAAGUAUGCGCCGGCUCGCUGGACCCUACGCUUGGCCCUACUGCAUUCCGCAACGGAUUCAGCAUUCGCUCUUCGCGUGCUUCGCCCAAAUCCACACCUUUCCUCUCACCAGACUUUCCUCCUCGUGUUUUAGCUCCUCUCGUGAAUCAAAGAUGGCAUUUGAUACUGUAAGUGUGAGGAGCAAAUGAGUGAAGGGAAGGGGGUUGGGUGCUAAACUGCCUGCCAAGAUGAGAAUCACGAGAAGUUGAUUAAUUCGGCGCAAGGCUUGUCCAUUGUCAGCCCUAAUUUUCGGGAGAAGGGUGAAGGAGAAUAAAGGUCAGGAUGCAUGCAAUGAUGGGAGACGUACGACUGUUACCUGAUCAGUCGGAAGUAAGAGCGACGGUUCUGAUGGAAUUCAUCAUCGACAAGCUGAAACUUCUCAGCUACGAACGCGACUUUUGUUUCUCGAGAAAGCCACCCUGGCCUCGGUUGCACAAGCUAUAUUUUGCUCUGCCUGCUCACAAUCGCAACGAGCAGUUUUUAUACUUCAUAAAUAUCACGUCCUGGCUGCUGAGAAUAAUCGGUCGGAACUUUGAGACCCCAAGUGAGGCUGAUGAUCCCAACACAACCUGCACGAACAUAUCGGUGGAGCUGAGAGAUCUUGGCUUUGCUCCUCCCAGCUGGCCUCCAGCUAAAUUGAAACAGGGACAUGGUGAUGCGGUUUGCAGUGUUCUUGAUGGGUUGACAAGUCUCGCGUUGGAAAUCAGAAAAUUCCAGUUCCAGCCACCUCAAAAUCCAUGUGACAAUUACCCCGAGGAGUCACCAAAACUUGGCAAUGACCGCGUGGAAACAACUGAUGAGCUAUAUGUGCCAGAUUCCGAGGAUGCUGAAGCUUCUCGAGUGGAUGAAUUUACUCCUGAUCUUGACGAGAGGAAAUCCUCAGACUCAUCAUUUGUAGUAAGGUCCAACGUAGAUCCCCAGAAAUGGAGACUAGAGCUUGAGCGUGUGGCUCCGCAGCUUCGAGUUUCAGUGGUAGCGGACGGCAAGGACUGGCGGGCUCAUCUGGAGCAAGCCCAUAAACUAGAAGGGGACAUGUUAGCGUCUCUCACGAGCAAUCAGGACCAGCUGGAAAGAGUGGAAAUGGAUGUGACUUCGGCUUUGGAAAAGCUUGAAAGCCGUGAAAACUUCAUCAACGCCCAGUUUGAGCCUCUGGCAGCGGAGUAUGCCGCGGUUAAAUCUCAAAUAUCAGGAAUCCAGGAGAAGCACAGGAGAAGCCUGGAGAAUGUGGCCAAUCUGACACAAAAACUCUCACAAAUUUCCGAUCAGCUCGAUCACGUCAAGCAAUUGAUGGUGGAAAAAGGAAAUGUGAUAUCGGAUCUUUCACCACUAGUUCUUAUGAAAUCGACGACCCAGAAGCUGAAGGCAGAAAUCCGAGACAUGGAGCUUCAGAAUGGAGUACUCAAGAACUCUCUCCUUCAGGCAAGCUUGAAGCAGGUGAGAAAGGGAGAUGACGAGCAGCCUACUGGUGCCUGUGAUUUUCAGACCUAGAUUCGUAGCAGCUCAACGCUCUGACUUGAUAAAGUCGAGAGUAUCGAAUCCAACUGAACAGUGCUGUGAGAACAGUCUUGCAACGACGCGAGGACAGUGUGUAGUAUUCACCACCAAGGAUCAGUACAUUUAGAUUACGCAUGUUCAAUUUCACCGGGGCCAAAAUGUUUCACGUAGGACAGUGGAAAGUCAAAGAGGAUGAAAUUAGCGUUCGAAAAAAUCCACAGAUGCGACGUGAAAGCGUGGAGGCAUCUAAAAUUGACAUAUACAAUAUAGUGAAAAGGUCCAUGUCGCAUGAUGUGGGUGACAACAGCAUAACCUACUUUGUGAAGUACAAGUCGGCUCCAGAGGCCCAGUGACUUCGAGAAAGUGUUCAGUUUCCUUUACUUCCUGGUAAGCUAAGGGUGAUUUCAGAGCCCAGGGCUCAUUGAUUAUUUCGCGAUUGGUGGAUGGUAUACAACGAGAGCAAUGACUCAGGUCUGAGAGUAGGAGUCUAAUAAGCAAGAAUCUCAUACCCAUUUUCGCUCUUAGGAUUUGUUCCUCAAUUUCCGUUUUCUAGCAGUGAACUCGUAGAAUAUUCUCGAACUUAGAGUAGAGGUGGAAGUUUGACUUUUUGGAGCUCGUGAAGUCAGUCAUGCUCAAUCGGGACAUGCAUAAAAAUUCCAUAACAUAGAGUUCAGGGUGACAAAGUUCAUGUUCGAAAUUCUCUGCAACGAGCGACUCUUCGCUGCUUUAUUUUGCCACGAUGGUUCCGCCGAUGAAGAUGUACUGGACAUGGAUUCCGCUGUCAGAGUAAUUGACAUGUAUGAAACCUGCUUGGGCUGCCUAAUCUUCAAAACUCAGGAACUAAGUGCAGAAAAGUCUGAAAAGACUCUGAAAAGUCUAACAGUGCGUGAACGAGAGGGUGGAGGAAUUUGAAUCUGUUGAAAACCAACUCCAACUGGAGUCGUGGGUACAGUUUGAGAAACGUCGUACUAUGUCAAAAUUGAGUUGCAAUUACGGAGAAAGGGUAUUAACAUGAUAUGGCUAGAAGCUAAUGAAGGAGCCUUGGCGGAUAUCGUAACAUCGACCGUUGAAAGAAUCAAGUGCAUCUAUUAGGGGCUCUGUCGAAAAGGUUUUGGAGGCAGAGCACUCCUCAAUCAUGACCUCAGCUUCGAGAUUGCUUGUUCUGCUUCAUCAUCUGAACGAAAUCAUAGAAAG